AAUCACAAAAUGGACUUUUGGAAUCUGGCAAUCAGAAUUAUUUUUUUAACACAAACUACAACUGGAAUAAUGGGAAAUUUUUUCUUUAUUUUCUACUAUUCAGUUCUUUGCUACAGAAAAUGCACAUUAAAGCCAACAGAAUUGAUUCUAAUGAACUUAAUGCUAGCCAAUGUGAUGACAAUUCUCUCUGUAGGUGUGCCUCAAACAAUGGCAAUUUGGGGAUUGGAGGAUUUCUUGAAUCACUUAGAAUGUGAGUUUUUAUUGUACCUUCAAGGAUUUGCUCGAAGUGUGUCCAUUUGCACUGUCUGCCUCUUGAGUGUUUUCCAAAUGCUCACCAUCAGUCCCAAGAAAUCUUUUUGGAAGUAUUAUAAAGUCAAAGCUGCCAAGUACAUUGGCUGCUUCAUUUCCUUCCUCUGGGUCUUGAAUGUGUUCAUUAAUUCCAUUUCAUUUCUGUAUACAUUUAUCACAAAGAAUAACACAAAUGUGACAAGAAUUAGAGAUUUUGGGUACUGUUCUAUUAUAGGGACCGAUGACAUCACUGACAUACUCUAUUCAGCUUUUGUGGUGUGCCCUGAAGUCUUCUUUUCUAUGCUGAUUGCCUUGGCAAGUAUCUUCAAGAUUGUCAUUCUGUACAGACACAAGAAGAGGGUUCAACACAUCCAUAGCAAUCAUUGUUCAUGCCAAACUUCCCCAGAGUCCAGAGCCACUCAGAACAUCCUCACAGUGGUGUCUACUUUUCUGGCCUCUUGUACUCUCACCUCCAUCUUAAGAGGCUGCAUGGCUCUUUUUCAUAGUCACCAUUGGUGGCUGAUGAAUAUCAAUCACUUAACUUCUCUGUGUUUUCCCACCUUUGCACCCUUUAUUCUUAUGAGUCAUUAUUCCAUAGUAUGCAGAUUCAAUUUGGUCUGGUCAAGAAAAAAAAUAUACCUCAGUUUUUCAGUUUUGCAGUUCUACGGUGUAUAUGAUGUACAAGAAAUCUAG